AUGAACAGCAAACUUCUUUUUAUCUGCGCUCUCUUAGUUGCCAGCGAAGCCUUCAGUAUUGACACUGGCGAUUAUCUUGAUUCCCAACCAGCCGAGUACGCUCUGCCAAAAAGAAAUUUUCAACAUAUCUGGCGCAAUAUCGAGAUGCAGAUGCCAAACAUGCAAAACACCAAAAGAACAGAAUCAUUAAGCAGAGCCAGAGCUAAUGCUUAUUACCGACUCGGUUAA